UUCUGUAUGUGGAAAAGGGCUAUGCUGUUAAUAAACAAUUUGAAGGGACUGUAAAGGUUAUGGAGAGGCUGUAUGAGGUUAAUUGCAACAGACACAUCAAAAUUUCGGCAAGCAAUUUCCACAUCAACCGAGCCAAUAGUAUGCUUCAGAAUAUGCUCAACACAUUUGCAUAUUAUGACUACAGAAAACUUUCUGAGGACUUCUUUUAUUCAUUUCACCGGCAGUCCUGCGUCUUCAACAUAGAGGCUAAAUGUCUAGUUUUUCAAUUGGAAUGGAAGUACAGAUUUGUCCUCUGUGGACCUUCAGCCUUUUGCGUCCCUACAAUAGAUGUGCGCAGAGAGAGAGCACUGGUAGAUGCUUUCCAGCACCUUCGACAAAGUGGGCACGACUUCACAAUGCCUUUGAAGGUGAAGUUUCAAACAGAGAAGGGUGUGGAUGAAGGUGGCGUUUCACUGGAAUUCUUCAGUCUCCUGGGGAGGGAACUUCUCACAAUGGAACCAAAGACACUGGAGGUUUACGAGUCUGGACUUGCAUGGUUCACAACAGAUGAUGGCGGUAUCACUGACGAAUUCUACUUACUUGGGCUGCUCUGUGGGAAGGCCCUGUUUAAUCAGUGUGUUCUGAACCUCUGCUUCCCUCUGGCUCUCUUCAAGAAGCUUCUGGGUUUGACAACAACAUUGGAUGACCUUAAAGAGCUGUCUCCAUAUGAAGCAAGCGGCUUGCAGUAUGUGUUGGAUGAAGAUGAGGCUGUUGAAGCGCUGGAUUUGGUUUUCAUGGACAAAGGGCAAGAACUGAUACCAAAUGGAGAGGAGGUCCCGGUUACCAUGGUCAACAGGAAGAAAUAUGUUGACUUGUACGUUGACAUGAAGCUCAACAAGUCGGUGCAGAUUCAGUUUGCAGACUUUGAGAAAGGCUUCCACAAAGGCUGCCCUAUACAGGCAUGGAGGAUGUUUCUACCUGAGGAGCUGAUGACACUUCUACAAGGAGAUGACAACUACGAGUGGGACAAGUUGAGACAGAAUGCCAAGUAUCAAGGAUAUAGGCCCACAGAUGACAUCAUCCAGAACUUCUGGAUAGUUUUCAUGGAGUUCUCUGAGGAGCAAAAGAAGAAGUUCCUAACUUUUCUGACUGGAACGGACAGACUGCCCAGAGGACGAAGUCUCUCCAAACUGCAGAUGAAAAUCACGUCUUUGGGCAGUACUGAUGCUGAUGAAUAUUAUCCGAAAGCACAAACGUGCUCUGUGACGCUAUGCCUCCCUAACUACAGCAGUAUCGACACACUACAGGAGAAGCUUCUCCAUGCUAUCACCCACUGUGAUGUGUUUGGAGAUGCUUGAAAUGGGAAGCAUGUUACUAGUAGCCUAGCAGGUUGAUUUUAUCUAUGUCUGUCAAUAUUAUGAUUUUAUUUAGGCAAUGAAACACAUUCAGAGCUAACAACUGAAAAUCUUCAUAUUAAGUAGUCUUAAAUAUAGUUUUUUUUAUUUUAAAUUACUUUAUUGCGCAAUGUGGACCAAUAUAAAUAUGUAUUUCUUGACAUGUUCUACUCAUGUUUCCUUCAUGCACUGGGAUGACUGGAUACUUGGAGACCUCUGCUGUUUGAAUAUCUGAACGACGUGCUGUCUUUGUAAAUUAAAUUGUUUAUAACUGCGAAUGAGUGCCAUAGACAAAAGAGCCACUGUUAAUAAAGAUUUGUUGUGGAAGUUCUAGUGCAAUACUGUUUUUAGGUAGUUAUGCAAAUACUAACAAUUGUGCAAAUAAUUUAUUAUGCCCAUUGUAAUUUAAACGUUGUAUAUGCCUCUAUAAUUGGUUUAUUCUAUUUUACAUAUUAUGUUCUGUACAU